UUUCAGAAGCUCGAACAAUGGUAGGGAUUAGUGCAGAAAUUUUGGUACAGCAAACGGUAAGCAAAUUUGCCGGUGAAGAAUUCGAUGUAGGCAAUGUGCGCACUGUUUUUGCUGGCUCAUCAAAAGAUAACAUUAAACGCACUGAUCGUAUUAUUUUAUUAAUUGGACCAACUGGAAGUAAUAAAUCCAAUCUAAUUGAUUGCAUGUGUAAUUAUUUUUAUGGUGCUAAAUUCGAUGGUACUCGGUAUAAAAUCGCUAAUGAAAUAUUCGACCGAGGUAGUACACCGAUAAAAUCGAUCACCAAAUAUGUGUUCAAUGCAACAGCUAUGCCAUUUCGACCAGUAAUAAUCGAUACACCGGAAAUUACUAGCAACAGCGAAAUACCAGCAAGAGAAGGAACUGCCUGUGCAAUUCAUGACUUCCUAAUUGAAAGUCAACAUAUCCAUAUUAGUGCACUAUGUCUUGUUUUAAAAUUUGACCAGACAUCAAUCAGUAAGGAUGAAAAAGUAAUAUCGGAAGUGAGUCAUGGAAUUUCACCUACCGAAUUGCCGAUAAAUAAUUUAACUAAUCAUUCAAUUAGCCGACUUUUACCUAAACUUUUAAAUUAA